UGUUUGAUUCGCUGUCUGGCCAUGCAUAUUAAUGAGAGAGAGACAGCGGGCUGCUUUUAAAAAGAGCUGCUGCCAGCCUGUCCGCGGAAAAGCAGCCAGAAAGACGGAGAGGGAGAGAAGCAGAGAGCCCUAAACGAGUGAUUGGAGAUUCAUCCGAGCGCUCAGGACGCACAGACGGAGUUGCACAAUCAGCGCUCCAAAGGGACUCCAAACACAGGGAAACCUCAGCGCUCCCUCACUACUGUCAUCUGCAAGUGGAUCUAACUUACACUUUCGAAAGAUUUUCUUUUUUUUGUCAGUUUCUUGUUUUUGUAUGCAGAGGCUGUUUGGAGAGCUUACAUUUUGAGGACAAACGUCUUUUUACCUGUGAAGACAUGCAUCGGUGCACAGCGGUGCUACUUUUGUUUGUGGUGGCCUUAUACUUCCAAAAUGCAGAAGCCUACAAGUGCAGGUGCACCAGAAAAGGACCAAAGAUCAGAUAUAUGGAUGUACAGAAGCUGGAGAUCAAACCCAAACACCCGUACUGCCAAGAGAAGAUGAUCUUCGUGACGAUGGAGAACGUGGCUCGAUUCAAAGGUCAGGAGUACUGUCUUCAUCCCAAACUUCAGAGCACCAAGAAUCUGGUCAAAUGGUUCCGUAUCUGGAAGGACAAGCACAGGGUGUAUGAGGCCUAAUACUUGGAUACUCAGCAUGCGUGGCUCAAGUGGGACAAAAAGAUCCACUGGGACUGUUUUUUGCAAAGUUAAAGGUGUAAUCUACAAUCAAACUGUGCUUCAUCUUCUUCUGCCUGAAAUCUGUCAAGCACAUCACAGGAUAUCUUUAGUUUGUAAAAUGCUGGUGGGCUCGUUUUAGUCAGCCAUCUAUCUAGAUACAGUCGCUCACUACUUCUAUCAAUACAACUGUAGUUAAAUUUUUCAAAUAGAGGACAAGACAUCACCAUCUGUGAUCAGACAGUUUAAGAUUGUUUCAGUUUUUUCUUAAAAGAACUCUUAUGUUGACUCUUUGAAGCAACAGGCAGACUUUGCUUUGAAAAAAAUGCAGUACGGAUGUUUCACUUGUUCAGAUUUUCAGUUCUCUGUAUUCAUAUUACAGGCAGAAUAUACAUAUGUACUAUGCCAACAUUUCUGAUCUGUUUACCUUGGAUUAAUAAGAUGUGUUACAGAUGCAAAAAUAAGGAUAAACAGUUCAACAGUUGCUAUCUUUCAGCCAGAGAGAGGAAGUCUACCACCAUGUAUGUGUUUACCACAUUACUAUGAUACCUGUAUGUGUCAAAGAAACUAUUCUGCAGCACUCAUCUUGUAAAAUAUGGUCUCAGUAAUUGUCAGGGUGUAGUUUCAGUAGAUUUUAAAGAAUGAAAAUAGUUCAUUUGUGCCAUUUCUACAUACACUGCAUUUUGUGGAUUGACACCCACUUGCCACUUCUUGAGGUACACCUGUUUAACAGCUCAUGAGUGAAAUUAUGUAUCUAAUCAGCCAAUCACAUGGCAGCAACGAGUGCAUUUAGGUAUGUAGACACAGUCAAUAUGAUCUGCUGAUGGAUCAUGAGCAUCAGGAUGGGGGAAAAGUUGAUUUAAUUGACUUGAGCGUGCCAGAUGGGCUGAUGUGAGUAUUUUAGAAACUGCUGAUCUACUGGUGGUAUGCAUACACAACCAUCUCUGGUAGCAGAGAAACAAACAACAAACACUGUUCAAGCUGACAGAGGCAACAAUGACUCAAAUAACCACUUGUUAUAAGUGAGGUAUGCAGAAGAGCAUCUGUGAACGCAUAAUAUAUCAAACUUUAGAGCAGAUGAGCUACAGCUGGAGAAGAACACACUGGGAACCUCUCCUGUCAGCUAAGAACUGAAAACUUAAGCCACAAUGGACAGAAGAAGAUUGGAACAAAGUUAAAUCACCUUUCUUCCCUGUUCUGAUGCCUGUCUUGAACCUCAGCACAUCGUCUUGACCAUGUCUGGGUGCCUUAAUCCUUUGGUUGCUGCGAUGGCCAAUUAGAUAUUUGUGUUAAAAAGCAGUUGAACAGGUGUACCUAAUGAUCUGGCCAGUUAGCAUAUAAAAAUACAUAUAAAGCGAGACCAAGAGGUUUACAGACUGUAUAUGAGAAGUGAAAGUAGCCAUUGUGAGGUCACCUGUCUAUUUGUGGCAUCAAGUUUGGCACUUCUGCAACAGCUGCUUGGUACUCUGUGAUGUGAUAGUGGUGUUAUUUAGAGAACACUUCAGAUUCACAAAGCUGGAUCUCUAUCACUGAGGGUGAAGUCAUUCUCUUUUUGUAGUCUAUAAUCUCAAAAUGGGACCAAUAUUUACAAAAUAAAUUAUGCUGUAUUGAAAUAGACUUGGAAAACCCAGAGACAACUUUAACUUCUUUUAUACAGUCAACGGGUGAAAAACAACAAAUAUUAUAGAUAGAUUAUAUAUUUUCACAGGUUGAUAGACCAUUUAGGCAUAAAAUUAAAUAAGUGUGUAUUGAGCAAUAUCUUAAAAAAACACAAACCCACAUUACAACUAUUUUGGGGUAAAUGUAAUUGUGCAUUUGUUUCCCUCCCUGGCAUUCAGGUGUGUAUUUUUUGGGGAUUAUAACAGCUGUGGAUAAACACAAAAAAAGAUGUUUGUUGGUAUAUACUACACUGAAAAUAUUUAUGGUUGUAAAGAGCUAUAUCACAGUGGGAAAUGUGCAGUCAUGUGUCUUAGAGAAGACGUAAAGCAACACUCAAGUAGCAAAGAACACAGGAAUAAGUUCCAUCAUACCUUGAGAACAUAUAAGAUAGUAAAAUCAAUUAAUUGUUGGCUGUUAUGGAAUUUGUUGACAAUAACAAAAUACACAAUAUUACCAGGCAUAGCCUUGAAAUCCUAAUCUGACCAGAAAAAAGUUGGGUUUUUUUAGGAUUGAGAUGGGACUGCUACUUAAACUGUUAGUUCUUGCACAUAAAAGGAACUAUAUAUUUUUCUCAUUUCAGCCCAUUAGAAACAUGUAAGGCAUUUCAUUUGUACCUAUUUUGACCAUAAAUUCAUAAACUGCUCCUCUGCAAUAAUACCCCUUCUUGUGUAGAUUUCUAGAACAAUGCAGUCAAAUGUCUCAUGUAGUGUUGUUGAUACACUUUUAACAAUGACAUUUUCUGUUGCCAGCAAUGGGAUUCACUCAAAGAUACGACUACACAGAAGCACAACAUACCCUCUAUCUUUUGAAGAAUGUGCAUUACUCUUGUUUUAUAUCUUAUAUAUAAAUAUAUAAAGAGAAGCAUUUUGUAAAUGGACCAGUGUAGCCUGUGUGUUAGCCAGGAUGAAUUCACCUUAAGACUUUAUAGUGUCAUGUAUUUUGAAUUACUGCAUUCUAGUGGUUUUUGCUAUUUAAAUCUUGGUUUGAUCACAGAUAUUUGGAGAGUGAGUGUUUGAAAAUGCCCAACAAACACACAACGAAACAUUCCAGUGAGUGUAAAGAAUUAAAAAAAAGCAAUAAAGUGUCUAUACAGCA